GGCGGCUGAGCUGCUGCAGCGGCACGGGGCCGGCGGGGCGCAGCCAUGGUGCUGACGCUCUUCCAGCAGUACUGGGAAAUCCCCGACGGCACCGAGUGCCACCGCAAAACCUACGCCACCACCGGGAUCGGCGGCGCCGUGGGCCUCAUCACCUCUGCCUACAGCGUCGCGCUGCAGCCCGCCGGCUCCUUCCUGGCAGCGGCCGUGGGUGCCAUCUUCGGCCUCGCCACGUCCGUCAGCACCCAGGUCCGGGAGAAGCCCGACGACCCCCUCAACGACUUCAUCGGGGGCUGCGCGGGAGAGGGGGGGGGCCUGAGCCUGGGAGUGCGCACUCACAGCUACGCCACGGGCGCGGCAGCGGCGCUGCUGAAGAUGGGGCGGCUGGAGGGCUGGAAGCCAUUCCCGGAGCCCAAGGUCUGA